GAAGAAAGAAACGAUGGGUUGGAAAUAUAGGGGAGGUUUGCUUUUAAUUAUUGGUGUUGUAAUCAUGUGGGUUACCUCCGCAGAGGUCACUCAGGUUAGUUCUGAUCAGAUUCUUCUCUUCCUUCUCACAUGCUUCUUUGUUUUCUUCUCUUUUUACUUUUGCAAUAGUUUUAUGUCGUGUUGUCGACAGAAUUUCUUGGACUUUUCACGUUUUUAUAUGCUGUCUUUGUUUUUGGGAGUUUGGACGUCGAGUGGUUGAUGAAUCUUCCAAUCUUUUUGGGACCUGGUUUUCGACACUGGCAGUUUGUAGUUUCACGGUUAUCUUUUGUUGCAAAGAUCUAAGAGAUGAUCAUUGAUAAUUUAUCAUAAUGAGAACUUUUGUGGGGUAGGUGUUAUCCACCCGUCAUGCCAAUUUCUUAGCCAUCACCAGGCUGAAAUUAAGAACAAUGGUUUUGGUUUUUGACACAAAGAGUUUCAAAAUUAUUCCUAGCUAGGUUGGAAUUCCUUAAUGUUAUCUUGAACCUAUCUCUGUUGCUUGUAUGCUAGGAAGUUGCGGUUUACUGAUUAAUCUGUAGAAUCUAUGGAUCAAUAUCAUCAUGUUGUUGUAUGCAGUCGUUCUUAUUUCUAGCUUAGCGUAAUUGUCUUUAGCGUACACACCAACCAUCAUUGAAAUUAAUGUGAAAACAGUGAAGACCUUUGCCUAUAAAGAUGUGUUCAUGUUGUUUACACUGGUUCUAAAGUCACAAAAUUUUUAAUGCUUACUUUGAUGAUAAACAAGAAUUUUCUUGAUUAUGUAAUGCAUAUCUUCUACUGUGUUUGACAGUUUGUCACUAUGGAUUUCUACCAUAUUUUUGGAUUCAGUUUUUUUCUUUUCUGAUCAUAUGUUUAACUUCCCCAUUGUUGAAACUGAUGAUUUCAUUUCAUCUGCUUUGUUUGCUAAUGGAAUUGGGAGGUCUCCUGGUUGCUCCUGGGAUCUUCGUUCUGGGCAUCAGGGUGUGUUUGAAGACUAUAGGCAUCCAUUUGCAGUGACAUAUCUUGGAACCUCUCUUCUGGCACUUUAUCUGCCAAUAGCGUUCUUUAAGGACUGGUUAGUCAAGCAUCUGAGAGGUUGCUCUUGUAAUAGUACCAAAGGCCCAAAAGGGGUUGACAGGUCCUCUGUAGAACUGAAUUCUUCUGUAAAACAUGAUGACAAGCAUGGUAAUUUUCAAAUUGAACAUCAAGCACCAGUGCCUAAGGAGUGUGUCAUAGACCUUUGUAUCAAGGAGGAGGAAAAUCCCCGGGUUUCUAGACACAAAGUUAUUGUGGAAGCACCAAAGCGAGACCGAAUGCUUAGCACAAAGGAGAUUGCUGCAUUUGGCUUUUGCAUGGCUCCUAUCUGGUUUGCAACAGAGUAUCUUACGAAUGCUGCACUCGCAAGAACAAGUGUUGCUAGUACAACAUUGUUGUCCUCAACUUCUGGACUUUUCACUUUAUUAAUUGGGGCAAUUUUGGGUCAAGAGUCUAUUAGUACAGUGAAAGUUGUUUCAGUCGUCAUUAGCAUUGCCGGUGUUGCUAUGACUACCCUUGGAAAGACAUGGGCUGCAGAUGAAUCAAAAUCAGGCAUUAACAAACGUGGGAAUCAAGCUCUUCUAGGAGAUCUUUUUGCUAUCCUCUCAGCUAUGUGUUAUGGACUGUUUACAGUUUUGCUUAAAAAGUUUUCUGGAGAAGAAGGAGAAAGGGUAGACAUGCAGAAGUGCUUUGGCUAUAUUGGAUUGUUUGCACUUGUUGCCCUUUGGUGGCUUGCAUGGCCUCUGACUGCCAUUGGUGUCGAACCAAAGUUUACAUUUCCUCAAUCAGCUAAAGUGCAAGAGAUAAUCCUUGUAAACAGUUUUGUUGGGAGUUUUCUAUCUGACUAUUUCUGGGCAUUAGCUGUUGUCUGGACCUCUCCUCUGGUAGGUGCACUAGGCGUUUCACUUACCAUACCUGUUGCAAUGUUGGAAGACAUGCUAAUUUAUGGUCAACAGUAUUCAAUAAUCUAUAUGAUUGGAUCAGCUCAGGUAUUCCUGGGAUUUCUUAUAGCCAAUAUUUCAGACUGGGUAUCAGAGAAGUUGAGAUGGUAAAGCUGUAAUUCUCCACCAAAGACUAUACAAUUGGCCCAACCUUAAUGAUGCAUGGCCCCCUGUAGACUACGUAUGCAGUAGUUUUAUCAUCUGCUUUUGCUGGGCCUGCAGAAAGGAAUUCUAUUAUAUUAUAGUAUGUGUGGCAAGCUGAAUGAAAGUUUACCUAUUACACAAUGACAAAUUGCACAACUUUAUGAUCUAGGUUUUGGGAUAAUCAUAUACAAAUCAGUAGAUCCAAUAUUGUUUAUGAAGUCAAAUGGAUGUUGUUUAGUGAAUAUUAUGGGCCUUUUUUAUUGCAACUUGUUCCUUCCCUUUUGGUCUGUCUACUGGCCUACCAGAAAUGGGUGCAAACUCGUAAUAAAGGCCAAGAAAUGAAGCCCUUGGAUACUUGAAAAUUGUCUUCACUGUGAUAUCAAAGGGAAUCAAAAUAGAGUAAUUUCAGCAGGAGCAAAUUUCGGAGCAUGGAAGAGAUCAUCUUCACCAAUCCAACUCCAAGCAAGGCUCUUUGAUCUCCUUGUACAUGUAUAUGACGAUAGAGUAAUAAACAAGAUUUAUU